AUGGCCCAACGGCCCGAGGCCUUCGUUCAGAGCGGCCCAGCCGGACAGGCUGCCCCGGAGAGAAGCAGCGUGCAGCUGCGUGGCCGAACUGCGGCCCAGAGUACUGCCACAGGCAGCGGCCAAAGCAUUGUUGGAUGCACGGCAGCUGCUUCGGCAUCAGCCCUUUUAGCAGCACAGCUGCGGGGCAGGCGCAGCGAGGCCAGCUACGGUCGCAGGUCCCAGGUGGUUGUCAGCGCGUUCGAGAACGAGCUCGGCGUGCAGGACCCCGUCGGAUUCUGGGACCCGGCAGGCUUUACGGCCGAUGGUAGCGUGGAGAACUUCAAGCGCCGCCGGCAGACGGAGCUCAAACAUGGCCGCAUCUCGAUGUUGGCUACGAUGGGUUACAUCACCCCUGAGUCGCGAGUCAGCGAUUGA